AUGGCAGUCAAUACAGAGCUGCGCAAUGCUAUCUACCAGCGUUUCAUCGAUCUCGCGCCUACGACUGAAGACGUCGCCAACCUUGUUCUCGUCAACCAACAGAUCCAUGCUGAGUUCGGCACGCUCUACCUUCGCUCGGGCAACGUCAAGGUUCCACUCAACUGCAUCGACCACUUCUUGAAUGUGUUCUUCCUACACUACCCUGAGUCGGCGCUGCAGAACGUCCCUUGCGGCUUCCGAGUCAGCAUCGAUCUGUUCGAGUACCAGAACUGGUCUGUCGAUCUGCUCAAUGUCGUGGUCUGUAUGAACCAAUACCCGUUACUCGACAUUGAAUGGAACAAAGACAUCGCCGAGAUCGUUCAUACCCUCAAGAGCCUGGAUGCCCCAAAACUUGCGCGAAUGGCUUUCGUCACGCUCAAGCUGUACAAGCUGCCGCGUGACUUCCUGUCGGUCCUGAUGCCUCGCAUGGGCGCUCGACUGCUCAUCAUUGUCAAGAGCGAGGUCACGGAAGAUCAGAUCGACGAACUGGGGUUCUACGCAGAGUAUGGAAACGCCAAGGUCAAGAUCAUUUGGGAAGAUGAGUCCGAUAGUGAUGACGACAAGGCAGAGAUCGAGAAGAAGGAUGCGGAUAACUAUGAAGAUCUUUGGGCCGGUGGUGAAGAUGGAGCAGACUGGGACGAAGAUGAUGUGGAGAGCGAUGACUAG